GGUCCGCUGUCAGAAACACGCACGUGCCCACUAAACUUGUAUUUUCCAUAUUUGGCUGUUGUUUUGGGACGCCGCCGUCCCCUCUCUGCACUCUGCACUUCGCACAACAAACGCCGCACGAACAACGCCGCACAAGUCGCUGAAAUGGGCAAGAAUAAGCGCAAGAACAAGCAGCAGCAACAGCAACAGCAACAGCAACAGCCGUCGCAGUCCCAGGCCCAGGCCCAGGCCCAGACGCCAACGCAGACGCAGUCGGAUGCAGCCUCUGGAUCUGGUUUGGCCCUGACCUCGGCCUUGGGCUCAGCUGAGGGGGGAAAUCAAGCAAGUGGCAGUCAAGGUCUUCAGGACAAGAACAACAUCGAUGGAAAACGCUUCCCCAGCCUGAGUGGCCAGCGGGGCGAGCUGAACGCGCUGGUGGUGCGCCUCCUCGAGCUGGUGGCCAUGCAGCCGGCCAAUCCCAACGAAGAGUGGAAGCAGUAUGUGGAGCUGCAGCUGCGCCUACAGCGCAUCAUGGUGCUGGAGGAGCCGUUGCAGCGGGCCGUCUGCCUGGACACCAGCGAUGACCAGACGCGCCUGGCCAAGGUGAACGCCUUCAGCGAGUGGGCCAAGGCGGGAGGCGUGAAGAGCGAUUGCCUGGAGAUAGCCAUCUUCCCGGGCUAUCAGCUGGGCCUGCGCGCCACCCAGGACAUUGCCGCCGAGCAGCCAGUGCUGAGCGUGCCCCGCACGCUGAUCUUCUCCGAGGAGCACUUGCCCGAGACCGACCGCAAGCUCUUCUGCAACUUUCCGCUGCUGACAAACUUCAAUCUGGCCUAUGCCCUGGUCAUCGAGAAGGUGCGCGGCCCCGACAGCGUCUGGCGUCCCUACAUCGACGUCCUGCCGGCCCGCUACAACACCGUCCUCUACUUCACCAUUGAGCAGAUGCAGCGCCUCCGCGGCACCGCUGCCUGCACCUCGGCACUGCGCCAGUGCCGCGUUAUUGCCCGCCAGUAUGCCAACAUGUACAAGUGUGCCCACAUUCGCCCCGAGGCCAGCAGCGCCUCCUCCAUGGGCGUGCUCUUCACCCAGCACGGCCUGUGCUACGAGCUCUAUCGCUGGGCCGUGUCGACGGUGAUGACGCGCCAGAAUUUGGUGCCGCGCCAGCUGCAGGCCAACGAGGAUGGCGACGAUCUCAGCCAGUUGCCCAUCUCGGCCUUGAUCCCCUACUGGGACAUGGCCAACCACAGGCCAGGGAAGAUAACGUCCUACUAUGACAGCGGCGUGCACCAGAUGGACUGCACGGCCCAGGAGGACUGCAAGGCCGGAGAGCAGUUCUUCAUCUACUACGGCGAUCGAUCCAAUGCCGAUCUGCUGGUCCACAAUGGCUUCAUCGAUGUGAACAACCGCAAGGACUAUGUGAAGAUCCGCUUGGGCCUGGGCCAGUCCGACCCGCUGGUGGAGCAGCGUGCCAAGAUCCUGGCACGUCUCAACAUUGAGCGCAAGGCGGAGCUGCGGGUGCUGCCGGCACCCGAGCACAUCUCCGGCGAGCUGCUGGCCUUUGUGCGCGUCUUCAAUAUGAGCGCCGAUCAGCUGGAGCAUUGGGGCAGCGAUCUGGAGCGCGCCGUCGAUCUGCUGCACAUCGACUGUGCCCUGGAGACGGACCACGAGACGCGCACCUGGCACUACUUGUAUCAGCGGCUCAAGCUGCUGCUCGGCGUGCUCGAGGCCACGUGCAAGGAGUCCGAGGAGCUGCAGCAACUGGAGCAGCUGCAGCUGACGGACGGGCCAGAGGCCAAGCAGAAGCAGCCGGGACAGGACAUCGAUCUGCUGGUGGUGCAGUAUCGCCAGCUCGAACGCCGCAUACUCGCCGACGCCCUGCAGUAUGCACAGGAGCGGUGCAAGGUCUAGGGCGGUUGGGCCCCACGCCUGCACAACCCAAGCAGAUGCGAAAUUCGAGUGGCCAUCUACGCGGGAAUAACUAAGCUACUCCCUUAGACAGUAACGACACAAAUGCGUUUACUUAAGUUUAAUUUAUUUUUAAUUUCAAUUGUUUUUGUUUUUUCUCGAAGUCGUUUGAAACCAAAAGAACACACACAUCCUCAUGCCUCAUGCCUCAUGCUCUCCUCCAUCGAUAGUUUAUCUACAUGGUAGUCUACAUUGUAUCUACAUGUUAGUUGACAUUGUCUCGGUCCCAGCACGCACCCAGAAAUUUGAUUAUGAAUCGAGUUGCUAGCGAGAAUUAUU